AUAAAUUGAUCUAUGAUUAUAGCGAUAUGAGCAGUGUAGUUAUUUACUACAGAAGAAAAAAUGAAAUUCAUUGCUUUGUAUGUGCUUAUAAUCUCUAUCUCUAAUGUCAAUCCAGAGUACAGCUACAAUGAAGAAUCUGACUUACUCAUGGCACUGGAUGGAAGAAUAAGUGGAAUGAAGAGUCGAAUGGGAAAGGACAUAGUGAUAGGAGGACUAGCCCAAGUACAUGAAAGCGAAAAUGGAAAGUGCCUAGAGACAAUUCUACAGCACCAUAACGUAGAGGACUUGGAAGCACUGCUAUAUGCCAUUGAUGUCAUUAACUCUGAUCCCAAUAUCCUACCUAACUUAACACUGGGGUAUGAUAUAAGAGAUACUUGUGGCAGUGAAAAUGUAGGCUUAGAUGAAGCCAUUGAUAUCAUCUACUCAAAUGGACAGAUUGAGAUAGAGAGCUGCAGUGCUGAGUUUGAUAAUGAUACGUCAUUAACAGAGACACCAGUGUCAGCAGUUAUUGGAGCAAUCAUUAGUCCUGUCACCAUAUCAGUUGCUAGUCUCUUCCGCCUUUUCAAAAUGCCUCAAAUAAGCUUCUCGUCUACUUCUCCAUUACUUAAUAGUCGUGAGUCCUAUCCAUAUUUCUUUCGUACUAUACCAGGAGAUGAUUAUCAAGUCCAGGCAAUGAUAGACUUGAUACUUCAUUUAAAAUGGGAUCAUGUAUCAACACUCUACUCGAGUAACAGAUACGGUCAACCAGCAAUAAAUGCAUUCCAUAAAUUAGCUAAAGAGAAAGGAAUUUGCUUCGACUAUAGUGAGAGUUUAGAAGAGAAAUCAGAUUACCACAGCAUAGCAUCUAAACUGUAUAACUCUACAGCUAAUGUUGUCGUAUUAUUUGCUUCACUAACAGAUGUUCGGAGAAUUUUAUCAGCAGUUAGUACUGUAUACAAGAAUAGUAACAACAAAAGAAGAUUCCUUUGGUUAGCCAGUGACAGUUGGUCAGAAGUAGAUGAGUAUUAUGACAUAACUAUUGGUAAGUGGGGGACAGCACCUUCUUCUCCAUAUGUCGAAGGAUUUAAUGAAUACUAUUCACAGCUUACUCCUAGCAGUAACAGGCGCAAUCCUUGGUUUGAACAGUCCUAUCGAUUAUUUUACAAGAACUGUACUAAUUGUACUGAAAGUAUAACAGACAGUGCAAAUUAUAUACAACAUUCACUUGAUGCUCUAGCUAUUGACGCAGUAUACACCAUUGCCAAUGCUUUUGAGGCUUUCUUUAAAAAAAAUUGUGACUUUCCAAUAGUUUGGUACCCGCAAAAUAGAAGCUGCAUUAGCAACAAUAGCAAUUAUAACACUCUAACUGGAGAAAAUCUCAAAGAUUACAUUCAAAGGACAAAUUUUACAAGCUUUACCCAAAAUAUCAUCAAUUUUGACAGUGAAGGUAACAUUGAAGGUAAAUAUAAAAUAUUGAAUUAUCAAUUGAACACAUCAACUGACUGCAAUGAAAAGUGUGUUGCUAUAAAAGAGGUGGCCUCUAUCUCGCAAGCAACAGCCAAGUAUAAUUAUGAUGAAGAAUCUGAAUUACUCAUGACACUGGAUGGAAGGAUAAGUGGAAUGAAGAAUCGAAUUGGAAAGGACAUAGUGAUAGGUGGACUAGUACGUGUACAUAAGAGCGAAAAUGGAAAGUGUGUGGAUGCAAUCAUAGAGCACAAAAGCGUAGAGAACUUGGAAGCACUCCUAUAUGCCAUUGAUGUCAUUAACUCUGAUCCCAAUAUCCUUCCUAAUUUGACACUGGGGUAUGACAUAAGAGACACCUGCGUUAGUGAGAGUGUUGCUCUAGAUGAAGCCAUUGAUAUCAUCUACUCAAAUGGACAGAUUGAGAUAGAGAGCUGCAGUGCUGAGUUUGAUAAUGAUACAUCAUUAACAGAGACACCAGUGUCAGCAGUUAUUGGAGCAAUCAUUAGUCCUGUCACCAUAUCAGUUGCUAGUCUCUUCCGCCUUUUCAAAAUGCCUCAAGUUAGUUUCUCCUCUACUUCUUCGAUACUCAAUAAUCGUGAGUUUUACCCGUAUUUCUUUCGUACUAUACCACCUGAUAAUCACCAAGUCCAGGCAAUGAUUGACCUGAUACUUCAUUUCAAAUGGGAUCAUGUAUCAACACUCUACUCUAGCAACAGAUACGGUCAACCAGCAAUAGAUGCAUUCCAUAAAUUAGCUAAAGAGAAAGGAAUUUGCUUAGACAUUAGUGAGAGUUUAGAUGAGAAAUCAGAUUAUGACAGCGUAGCAUCCAAACUGUAUAACUCUACAGCUAAUGUUGUUGUAUUAUUUGCUUCACUAACAGAAGUUGAGAAGAUUUUAGAUGCAGUUAGUACUGUAUACAACAAUAGUAACGACAAAAGAAGGUUCCUUUGGUUAGCCAGUGACAGUUGGUCAGAGAUAGAUAACUAUCAUGACAUAACUAUUGGUAAGUGGGGAACAGCACCUUCUUCUCCAGUUGUCGAUGGAUUUAAUGAAUAUUAUUCCCUGCUUACUCCUAGCAGUAACAGACGCAAUCCUUGGUUUGCACAAUUCUACCAAAUUUACAAUCAAAACUGUAGUAAUAACAGUACUACUGGCAAUUGUUCUACAGGCAUAACACAAAAUGCUAGUUAUUCACAAGAUUCAUUUGAUGCUUUAGCUAUUGAUGCAUUUGGUACCCACAAAAUAGAAGCUGCAUUGGAAACAAUAGCAAUAAUACCAUUCUAA